UUGGUAGUGGAUUUAAUUAAGUUGCAAGAGAGAGAAGUAGUAAUGAAGCUAAAUGGCUCCAAUAAAGGUAUCAAGAACAUACAAAGGCAAGGAAAGGAAGAGGCGACCUUGGGCCAGUAUCCACAAUGUUAUGAAAGAAAUUAUAAACAGUGAGAAGGAAUCCAUUACUGCCUUUGAUGCACUGUUUACCAAGAACAUUAAAAUGCUUAAAUCCCAGAAGACCAGGAAGGGUUAUAGAGGCAAAGAGAAUGAGAGUCAUGCAAAGCAGCUACAACAUGAAAGAGCCAUACAGACAGACUUUGAUACUGUAAAUGCAACAAUUUCAGUUCAAGAUACAUUUCUUGAGUCAACAUUUGACCGAAUUUUAGCAGGUCCUGUGUUUCAACAACAAGAGCCUCAUGAUGUCACUCAUAAAAGUAAGGAAUUCAGCAUCAGUAACAUCAGCACAUCAGGGAAUCAGUAUGGCUAUAGGAGUUCUGCUUCAGAGCAAUCGUGUAAUAAUACAUUAUUCCCAUCAACAUGGAAAACCAGAAAGAAAAUAGGGGAGCUAAAGAGCAGGAAGAAACAGAAACAUUUUGCUCCAAAACGUAAUCAUCCAUUGAAAUUAAAAAAUCAUGAGAAUGAUGGAAACAAGAAUGAGAUAUUGGACUUGAACCCAUGCCUCACCAGUACUCCAAAAGGAAUAAGUUGUAAAGAAAAGAAUCAGAGGUCUCCAUGUUUAUCCCCAAUUCAAAACAGCAUUCAUAUUUUACCAGAAAUAGGUCAGUUUGGUCCAUCUUGUAAAACCAGUAAUUUACUCUCGGUGAUGGUUGAGGGAAAAGCUUCUAGCAGUUUGUAUAAAUUUUCAGUCCACAAAUUAGAGUCCCUUGAUGUGACUGCUGGUGCCAUAUCUGCUAAUUCAGUAAAUGUGACAGAUAUUCCUAGCCAAUUACACUCCUCUAAAGUAGAUGAAAGAAUUUUAUCUACCAUGGAAAAUUCAAAUCAACUUCAUGGCAUGAGUUCCGAAUUGAGAAAUUUAAAGGAAUCUUUCACAUGUAAAGAUCAAAGAAUUGAUUCUGCUAAACAGCCAUUUGUGAACCAAUCUGGAAAUGGGGUCCCUAUAAAUGGAUCUUUCCUAAGUUCACCAGUUCACCAAUGCAAAAAUACUGAUUUGAGAAGGCAGAAAAGUAGAGAAUCCAAGUGUAUGGAAGGAGCCAUAUGUAAAAAUGAUGACGACUCUGUAGAAAGCUUUUUAGGUUUUCCAGAUGUACCUCCAGCACAAGAUUUAUGUGGAAAUGUGGGAAAAGACUUUGUUCUUACAAAUUUGUAUUCUACUAGUGACAGUAACCAGUAUUCUGUGAUUAAUGAAGAUACUGAGAAGUGCAAAAUUAAUAGAAAUCUUUCUCAAUCAAAAUCAACAAAUGUAUCAGUGAUACUUUUUGAUUCAUGGGAUUCAGUACAAGAUAGAAAGUUAGAGCCUACCUCUGAAAGUAAAGUUUGUGACCAGGAUCAGGUUUUAAAGUCUGGAAUGCUGAGUAGUGAUUCACAGAGAUUGUUAUACCCAUAUCAUACAAGAAGGCAUUGUGCCCAAAACUCUGCAGUACGAAACAUUAAAGAAGGAUUGUGUCAUAUUAAUUAUUCAGGAAGUCAACGAGCUCAGGAAUCUUCAGUGCUCAGUACAGAUACAGGAUUAUUAUGUAGUAGUGUUUCCAAAAACCUUGUUUUGCAAGAUUCUUCAGCAGACACAGAUGAAUCACAAAUUAAUAAGCAAGACCAUACUACACAGGAUUCUACAGUGUACGAUACAGACCAAAAUGAAUUGUUAUGCAGCAAUAUUUCCAAAAGUUGUAUUUUACCAGAAUCUUCAGUCGUGAACAGUGAUGCAGGGAAACAGUCCAUUUCUGUUAAAUCUAUAAAGAAGCAGAAGUCAUUGAGGCGACAGUCAUCUAGAAGAUUGUCACAUCAAGUUGUGCCGCAUCAUGCACAUUUUAAAUAUGACCCAAAGUCACCAAGUUUUCGAGCUGUUUAUCAUAUUUCACCUAGCAAAACUGCCAGUAACAGCAGGAGUGAACUGACUGUAACUCUACCUGAAGAGAUUGAAGAAUUUAAACUGCUCAGCAUUAGUGAGGAACCUCUUGUUUGUGUCACUGCACGAGAUACUGUGUUACAGCGAUGUUGCCAGCUUGCACCCAUUUCUUUCUCAGAAGCCUUUCCUGCAAGCUACUGGUCAACGUGUAAGAAAAUUGGUGAAGGUGUUUAUGGUGAAGUCUUCUUCGCAGAGGAACAGGAGAGGUCUGUCCUCAAAGUAAUUCCUGUUGAAGGUGAUGCUAUUGUUAAUGGGGAGCCACAGAAGAAGUUCGAGGAGAUACUAUCAGAAAUUGUAAUUGCCAUGGAACUCAGUGGUCUUCGUAAUGGUACAGAGAACAGAACUUGCAGUUUCUCAGAAGUAAAACGUUGCAUUUGUGUUCAUGGAAAUUACCCUGAAGAACUUAUUAGACUAUGGGAAGAUUAUGAUAAUUGCAAAGGGUCUGAGAAUGAUUCUCCAAGAAUGUUUAAGGAGGAUCAACUGUAUAUCAUCUUGGUCUUGGCUUUUGGAGGAUGUGACUUAGAAGCACACUUCUUCAGCACUGUGGAGCAGUCACAUUCAGUUUUUAUUCAGACUGGCUGUGCGCUUGCAGUUGCAGAGCAGGUCCUGGAAUUUGAACACCGUGACUUGCACUGGGGAAAUGUCCUUGUUUUACCAACUGCUGAAAAGAAUGUCACAUUUAGAAUAUGUGGGAAAGAGUACAGUAUCCCUACAAAAGGAGUUCAGGUGACUAUUAUUGAUUUUACACUGUCUAGAAUGGCAUAUGAUGGCUGUUCUAUUUACAAUGACCUGUCAAAGGAUCCAGAAUUGUUUACCAGUGAAGGUGAUUACCAAUUUGAAGUUUAUCGUCUCAUGCAGAAACACACUUUGAACAAUUGGCAACAUUUUAAGCCAUACACAAAUCUUCUGUGGCUGCAUUACCUUUUGGAUAAAAUGUGCACUAUGGUGAAUUAUAAUUGUAAGUCAUCCAGAUCCCAUAAACAAGGAAUGAAAAUGCUGGAGAAACUCCAACACAUUGUACUUACAUACAAAAGUGCACAAGAUUUUGUUCUGAAUGAACUAGUGUGAUGUGUGUUCAGACUGCAUGCAAAAACAUUUUUGUAUGAGUUCACCUCAUUUAUAAUUUAAUUUGAAGGUGGAACAUUGAUUUUGAAAUGAUAUUUUCCUCAUUGUACAGCAUAAAUUGAAUAUACUUAUUUUUGUAAAAUCACGAAUUUAGAGACAGAUGUGUUAUUAAAAAAUGUGUAGGUACAUUGUUACAAAUUAUUUUUUCAAUAUCAUGUAUGUUUGUGAUAGACAUCCAGCCACCAUUAUUCAAACAGCUGUAGUAUUACACAGUGAAUUCUUGCAUUAAAGAGAUGGAAUUUAUUAAUUGCAGAGUGUGGUAAUUAGGUAUGCUUUGAAUUAUCAGAGGAAUGAAUGUAGAAUAAAAUGUGUAGGUAGUAAAUGAAAUAAUCAAAGUACAGGGAGAAUAGGAGAACACAUACGGCUGAAAGAAGUAGUUCACUGAACAUUAAUUUAGAGUUGUGGAACAAGGAAACCAGAAAUUUGAAGUUGUGCACAAAAGUAUGGAAAGAUCUUAUAUACAGAUGCACAUGUAGAAAACUUUGUCAUAGAACAGCCCAUCUUAGUGAAACAUGAAUUAUUGAUGAUGGUGGUCAUGGUGAUGAUGACGACAACGAUGAUAAGUACUGCACUAUCUACUGUAACUUGUUCAUAAACUACUAUUUUUUAUGGACUUCUAGUUUCUAUUAACCCUUUCCUGUCAAAUGUUGAUACAUUAUCAACAAAGUCUGUUUCAUGUUUCUAUGGUCAUAUUUUGAUCAUAUGUCAUUAGUUGGCACUGUAGACUAUACCAACUGAUACAUGAAUGUUUUGUCUGCAUCCUUCUGCCAUCUGGAAAUCAUAAUUUGAACUUCCUGAGGAACAAAUGCCAUUUAUAUAUUAUGGCGUGUCAUGUGUUAGCAGCAUGCUUUAACAUGCAGCCGAACGAUGGCUCUCUGGAUUGAAGACACUAGAUGUAAUCCCUUGUGUGAUGCAGAUGAAGAAUCUAGUAGUGAUAUGUUAAGUGAAGAACUCCAUAUUGACCAUGAUGAUGAGAUUAAUUGGGAAAUUGAAGGAGAAACUGCAAGUGAAGAAUCAAGCAAAGAAAUGUCAAAAAGUGAGAGAGAUAGCAAUACAAGUGUUGUUGCAUGUUGGUGGGUGGGAAAUGAUGCCACCAAAUAAAGCAGUCGGUCCAUCAAGAAAUCAGGAAAGUACAUGGGGUGAUAAAACAUAUAGAGAAACACUUUCAGAAAAAUGUUGUACCAGGUAAAAACAUUGUAAUAAGUGAAUCAACAGUUUGGUUCAAGCACAAAAUAAUUGUCAAGACUUUUAAUCCCCCCCCCCCCAAAAAAAUGAAGUGGGGUAUCAGAUUAUUUGCAUUAAUUCAAAGUGACACUGGUUACAUUCAUCAUAUAAUUCCAAAUUAUGGAAAGCUUACAGGUGAUGUGAUCAUUCAUUUUUUAUUUGUUCACAAGAUCUACAUUUGGCGAUAUUGCCUCAGAUAUAGAACACGUCCAUAUAGUUUAAAUGUCCAUAAGGACAGUGUCAUAACAGAAUACAGAAAGCACAGGUAUAAAGAUGUAAGUUUAAAAACAUCCAGAGAACCAUGCUAUAACAGAAAACCUCAUAUACAUAACAACAAUUCACCAUCAUAACAGUAAUUAUAAACAUGCAAAACACAUGAUAAUGCCACCUAUUUAACUUAAAUUUCAUCAGUACAAUUUAAGGUAUCUAAAAUAUCUUUGAGGACAAGGUUCCAUAAUAUACAAACAACUUAUAAUACUAAUAGAUACAAAAUAAAACAUUUAUUUUAUUCACAAUGCAUUAAACUUGGUUCCAGAUUCAGUCAUGUUGCAAUUACGAUUUAAAUCUUGUAUCUUAAAAAUAUAACACAGGCCUACAAAAAAAAAAAUUUUUUUUGGUGU